UCCCCAUUUCCUACCCAGGGGGCGUCGGCGCGUCGUGCCCUGUGGUCGUGCCCGUGCCUUCUGGGCUGUGCUGUGUGCCUGUCAGGCCACGGGCAGGGCGAAGGAAACCCACAGGUAGCUGCCUGUCACGUGUCGUCGCAGGACAAAACGAAUUAACGAUGAUUACCGCGCGUUUCUUUCCUCCUUGUUCUUGAGAGAAAUAGUUGAGACAAGUCGCCGUGUUGAGUUUGCAGUAAGAGUCACUGCGAUGGUGAAAGAAGAACCCUGAGAAUCAUCACAGCAGUCUCUGCGUGUACUGACAAACAAACAAACAAACAAACACCGAAGGACACUACAAGAAACGUCCAGUUUUUCCUCUGUCCUGCGAUGGAACAACACACUCGACAAGCGCUAGUUAUGUUUGUCUGUGGGAUGUUAUGGGACAACUGCUGUCUUUGCAUCCAUCAUCAUCAUCAUCUGCAUCAUCAUUAUCAUCAUCAUCUGCAUCAUCAUCAUCUGCAUCAUCAUCAUCACCAUCAUCAACAUCAUCAUCAACAUCAUCAUCAUCAUCAUCAUCAUCUGACAUCAGGUGCCUUAGCCGAAGGGAAGCAGUUCCGGCCAUCAUCGCAUUAGAAAGACCCUGUAUCCCAGGCUGACUCCCGUGCUCGCCCCACACCACACGUCAGUGGGUAGGUGCUUGACUGAGACGGCGGCAGGGAGUUAAUACCAGUCAGUGCUGCCGGAGGUGUGACACAAUCCCAGCCCUCUUCACUUUGAUUCACACAGGAUUAAGCUACUGCAUGAUGCUUCGGGCGGAAGACCUGGUGCAGCUGAUUUACCGUCCCUGUCAGACUUAAAGUCUUUGGAGGCCUCCUCUGCCCUGCUCCUGUCUUCUGUGGAAAAAAAAAAGAAAAAGCAAGCAAAAAAAGCAUCUGCCGCUGUACCAACCAACCAGAUCACCCAAAGGGAUGACUGGCAGUCAUCUCACUCAGGAGUAAGAGAGGAAGCAAAUGGGCUGGACUAUGACUCCGAAAGAUGACUUUGGGGUCAUUGCCUGGACACGGCGAGCUGGGAACUACCUCGGCCUCUUCCUCCUCUUGUCUCUCUUUUCCACGCCGGUCCGGUCCGACAUUGUGUUUCACAAGGAGCAUCAUUUCUCAUGGAAAGCAGGUCACUGGGGUCAGUGUGUUGGGGAGGAGUGUGGCUCCGGUGGGAUUCAGACGAGGACAAUAUGGUGUGUCCACAUGGAGGGCUGGACGACCCACCACUCCCACUGCCGGCCCACGGACAAGCCAGAGAGCCGGCGGCACUGCUUUAAGGUCUGCGAGUGGCACCAGGACCUCUUUGAGUGGGAGGUGUCUGACUGGGGGGGCUGCGCUCUCGUCCCUUUCUUUUCCAACGAGCUCAAGUUGAGGACGGCUGAAUGCAUCACGGCACAGCACGGCGUCCAGAGGCGCCAGGUCCACUGCGUGCGCACUUCGAACCGCACCAGCGUCACCUCGAGGAUAUGCGAGUUCUUUUCUCAGAAACCAUCAGUGGAGCAGGCUUGCCUCGUCCCCUGCCCCCAGGACUGUGUGGUUUCGGACUUCACCUCCUGGUCGAGUUGCAGCAAAACCUGCGGGACUGGCCUGCAGCAUCGGACUCGACACGUCCUGGCCACACCAAUGUACGGAGGGGCAAACUGCCCCAACCUGACCGAGACUAGGACUUGCUCCAGCCCUUUCAAUUGCCCCGCUGGGGAGGGCGAGUACCAGUACACCCUCAGAGUAGGGGCCUGGAGCGAGUGCCGGCUACCCCAUCACAAGGACGCCCUGUUGAGUGGAAGGACCACAGUGGACUUCGGCACCAGCUCCAGCGAGAACAACACCGUCACGCUGCACACGCUGGCCUCCUACCGCCACUCCCAUCGCAACCACCACCACCACCAUCAUCCUCGUUCGCACAGCAAAUACCCCAUGUCAUGGGAGCUGGAGGUGGGGUACCAGACACGACAAGUCCGCUGCACACGGAGUGACGGCAAGAACGCGAUGCUGAGCCUUUGCACCAAGGACAGCUCCCUGCUGACCUUCCAGGCGUGUGUGAUGCCCAAAGACUGUCACAUAUCUGAUUGGUCAUCGUGGAGCCCGUGCUCCAAAACCUGCCGGUCCACCGACCUGUCUCCUGGUUACCGCCUACGGUCACGGAUCAUGACACAGGUCCCGCUCGGCGGAGGGAAACGGUGUCCUGCCCUCGAGGAGAAAGAGGCCUGCAACAUCAUGGGAGAUUUACUGCCGAGAUGCCCCAGGUACGUGUGGAGGACCACCGACUGGGGCGACUGUCGCAUCGUCCCCUUGCUGAGCCAGCAGGACCGGCGGCUGGCCAACAUCAGCAUUCUGUGCGGCGAGGGGAUCCAGACCAGGAAGACCUACUGCGUUCAAGUCCGCGAUGACUCAGCACCACAUCACAGGAAAGAGGUGUCCAGGCCUGUGAACGCCCGGCUGUGUGCCGCCGCUGUAGAGCCGCCCUCAGCCGUCCAGCCCUGCUCCGUCUCCUGCCAGAACCGAUGCCUGCUCUCCCAGUGGUCAGCGUGGGGGGCCUGCCUACACGACAACUGCAAAGAACCGCAGGGGAAGAAAGGUUUCCGACGGAGGAGGAGAGAGGUGCUGUGGGAGUCCGGCAGUUCCCCAGAGACCUGUCCUCACCUGGUCGAGUCCGUCCCCUGCGAGGACCCAGCCUGCUACGUGUGGCAGGUCCGACAAGAGGGAAGCUGCGUACCCAACGAACGCCCCUGUGGUCCUGGCACCGCCGUCCAGAGUGUGACCUGUGUCAGCGCUGAGGGUCUCUUAGCACAGAGGGAAGAUGUGCCCACUGGCCACUGUGCAGACGACCCUCCGCCCACAGAAGUGGCCUGCGAGGUGGCCUGCGCAGCAGACUGUGUGGUCGGCUCCUGGUCGCCCUGGUCUCCGUGCUCACACAGCUGUGCCACGAAGAGCGCCGAGGGCCGGCAGAGCCGCACUCGCACUGUGUUGGCUAUGCCAGGGAAAGACGGGAAGGAGUGUCCCGCGGCUCCAGCCCUGGAGGAGUGGCGAGUCUGCAGUGACCAUCCGUGCGUGGUGUUCCACUGGGAGGCCUCGGCCUGGGGUCCCUGCAUUGAGGACACGGCGGUGGAUCUCAACGGAACCCGCUCGUGGGACGGGACCCCCGCGUGUGCCGCGGGCGUCCAGAUCCGCAAGGUCAGCUGCGUGAAGUCGAACGUCGGACCCGUCGUGAGUAAAAGGUGCUCAGACUCUUCUCGUCCGGACACCGUCCGACCCUGUUUGCUCCCCUGCAAGAAAGACUGCAUUGUGACGCCCUUCAGUGAAUGGACGGCCUGCCCGUCAACCUGUGCGCCAGACAACGAAACCGCCGCCGCACAGUCUCGAUACAGGAUUAUCGUUCAAAGGUCUGCCAAUGGAGGUCAAGAGUGUCCCGACACACUGUAUGAAGAGAGAGAGUGUGAAUCACUCCCGGUGUGUCCAGUGUAUAGCUGGAGGACACACAAGUGGCACAGUUGCACUCUGGUUCCAGAUUCAGUUCGACGCGGAUUAACUGGACCAGGUGAAGCCUGUGGAAACGGUCUCGAAACAAGAGGAGUCAGUUGUGUCGGGGAGAGCGGUGAGUCGGCCAAUAUGACACAGUGCCUGCGAUGGGCUGGCCCCUUGCCCCCUCAGUUUAGAGAGUGUCGGGUGGCUUGCAAGGAUGACUGCACCCUAACCGCAUGGUCCAAGUACUCCGAAUGCACAGGAUGUGGCACUUCCACAAGCCGCAGGCGCUCACUCACAGGUCGCAGCAAAAAGAAGGAGCACUGCUCGAAUGAGAAGUUGUACCCACUGGAGGAGACGGAGGCGUGUCCCUGUGAUGAGUUUUUGUCCCAGCCCUAUGGGAACUGGUCUGCCUGCAUCCUCUCCGAUCCUUCAGUCCCAGGCUCCCUGCAGGGCUGGAUGAGCCAGCGGGAGGUGAAGGAGUGUGGCCAGGGUCUGCGCUACAGAGCCGUGGCCUGCGUUGACCAGCAGGGUCACCUGGUCAGCCCCACGCUCUGUACGGACUCAGGCUACAUUGUGGAGAUCUGCCACAUCCCUUGUCCCCUCGACUGUAAGCUCAGUGACUGGUCAGCCUGGUCAGCCUGCAGUGCAUCGUGCGGCAGCGGGUUGAGGAUCAGGUCAAAGUGGCUGAGGGAGAAAGCUUUCAAUGGGGGACGCCCGUGCCCCAAGCUGGAUCUGAAAAACCAGGCUCAGGUGAACGAGGCCGUGCCGUGCCACAGUGAGUGCAGCCAGUUCGAGUGGAGGAUGGAGCCCUGGUCCAUUUGCACCAUCAACACUGUGGAUGACCUGCCAGCCUGCGGGGAGGGAGUCCAAAGCCGCAAGAUCAGGUGUGUGAAGAUGGGAACGAGUGGGGAAGCCAGCAGUGUGGAGGACAGUCUGUGUGAUCAGGACGAAAUGCCACCCAGAGCCCAGGUCUGCUUCCUGGCCUGUCCCAAUGACUGCGUUGUGACUCCCUGGGGACCUUGGAGCAACUGUUUCCUGCAGUGUGACCAGGGCACAGCAACGAACAGGAGUAGACAUGUCCUCCGCCCCCCGGCCUCCGAAACCUCUGCCUGCCCAGAGCUGGUCCAGUCAGAGUCCUGCAUCCUCAACGUUACCUGCUUCACCUACCAGCACCAAGUGUCAGACUGGAGUACAUGCCAGCUGAGUGAAAAUGCCAUAUGUGGUCAGGGUUCACGGCUGCGUCUCCUGGACUGUAUUCGCAGCGAUGGCAAGAUCGUGGAGCUGCAGAAGUGCGAGCAGUUCGGCCUGAUCAACAAGUGGAGGCUGUCGGAGAGCUGCGUGGUCGACUGUCCUGUCAGCUGCAUGCUCUCGGAUUGGUCGCCGUGGGCGGAAUGCUCGCACACCUGUGGCACACAAGCUAUGACUGUGCGCACGAGAAGAACCCUGCAGGAGGCUCAUGAGGAGGGUCGUCCCUGUCCCAGCCAGCUCACCCAGACCAGACCAUGUCCCAUAAGGCCUUGCUACAUAUGGCUGCUGAGUGACUGGUCCCAAUGCACUGUAGAGGGCGCAGAGUGCGGCGAGGGGCUUCGGAGAAGGAACCUGUCGUGCGUCGUCCACUGGGGCGACUGGCCCGAGUCUCCUCCUCAGCCAGUAGACGAGGAGCUCUGUGGAGACAGACGGAGGCAGCACAUUCAACAGGAGAUGGAGCAGCCCUGCUUUGUUCCCUGCCCAGGAGACUGCCAUUUGACUGAGUGGUCCUCUUGGAGCUCUUGCCAGCUGACCUGCCUGGAGGGGCGGAGCUUCGAGACCACUGGUCGCCAAGCCCGCUCCAGAGCUGUGAUCAUUCAGGUCAUGGAGAAUCAGGGCAGCUGCCCACAUCAAGCCUUUGAGACGCAGCCCUGCAAAGAGGGAAAAUGCCACAGUUACCAGUGGAGGACAGGGGGGUGGAGCAACAACGAGCGAGUCGUGUGGUGCCAGCGCUCAGACGGCGUCAAUGUCACAGGGGGUUGUUUCCCGCAGAAGAGGCCGACCACAGUCAGACACUGCCAUCCUCCGUGCACUAAGCCCUUCUCACACUGCACACCGAGCGGCGUGUGUGGGUGUGAGAAGGGUUACACCGAAGUGAUGACCACGCACGGCUUCUUGGACUACUGCACCAGAACCCCGGGGGUGGACAGCAACAAGAAGGCCGAUGUGAAAACCAACUCGGGAAGAUUAAAACCGGGGCCCUCUCAGGCUCAGGACCUCUUCAGCGAGUGGACCCUGCGACCCGUCGGCCCAGAUGGAAGAGUAAAGCUGUGGGUCUACGCGGUGACCGCCGUUGGAUUCAUCCUCAUACUCUUCAUUAUCACUUUAUCAUUCCUGGUGUGUAAGCCAUCCAAAACCACUAAGACGUCGCCUCCACCGCAGAAGCCCUUGACCCUGGCCUACGAUGGUGACAUGGAUAUGUAACCAGGCCGCUGUACUGAACCUCACGACGACACGCGCAGCCUCGGACGGACUCCUGACUGCGUUUGGAUUUUUUGCGGGUCACAUACCACUGAUUACUGACCUGUUUUAGCUGGGCAACUGUAUUGCAAAAAUUGAACAAGUGGACGAAUAGCAAAACCUUUGGUGCGAUCUGCUCCUGAGGUACGAUGUAGCCCAGAGGCUUGGCUGCAUGCCAUCUUUCCUCCGCGGGGGAAGAGGAACUUCCUCUGAUCAAGGAGUUAAAUGUGACACAGCGGUCUCUGGACAUAGGAAAUGAAGGGACCUCUAGUUUGUCAUUUUAAAUUGCUUGCAACUUGAACACAGUUGAAGCACAGAUUGCAACCCACGAAACAUGAAGACUCCUAAAAGGUAAAGACAAAGUGGAUCCACAGGCGUCGACCUGGGAGUUCGAUAGGGGGCCCGCUGGUUAUUUGUCCCGUACUUGUGUCGUGAGGGAGACGAAACAUCUUGAGGCAGCAGUCACUCAUGACGUUAAAAAGGACAAUGGGACGUUGACAUUCGACUUUGUCUCAUUAGUGCUGGAUCUUUGUAAAAAGAAAAUGUCACAAGCCUUUUGGGUAAACAAACAGCCUUUUUUUUCCCCAAUUUCUGAGGAUCAACAAGAUGCUUUAUGCACUAUGUUAGUGCUGAUUCCCUUUUUUCUGUUCUUUUUUUCUUUCAAAUGACUUUUCUAGUGUUUUGAUUGUAAUGCAAGUUGUUGCUGUCAGAUAGUGUUUUGUUGAUGAUGCCAUAUGUCGUGUAUAUGUGGAAACCAAAAGCAGGCUUGCCUUGAGUUAAACGAUUCAAUGAUGCAGUAAUUUCCCUCCUCCCUGAUGCUCACGAGACGCUCGGCCACCGACGACCAAAUUAGGGAGAAAAAAAUGUCAGAAUUGUGUAAUUGCUGCGGGAAAGCGUCUGUUCUGGUGACAAAUGCAGUCAGAAUUAUCAGACAUCAGUGCCGGCAGAUCUUUAAUGCAAAUUAUCAGAUACCAGCGCGAUAAUGAUCAUACCUCAUGCACACUCCACUUUCAUCAAAGGGAAAAAACUAAUCAGCACCUAUCACAAAUGCAAGAAUAGAGAGAAAAAGAAUUAUCCACUGGAUCACACCGUUUUUAUUCAGGUGAAUGAUGCUUUAUUUCUUUCACAAGGAUGUUCUACUUUUGUCAUUUUCUUUUUGCACCAUUCAUUUCAAAUAUAUACCCUGAUUAAAAUUUGGCUGGCUGAGAGCAAGGGACAGUUUUCAACAGGGCUCAAACGCAAAACACAGCAGAUACCAAAUAUUUGUGAGCACAUUAAAUUACUGAGCUAUUUAUUAUCUCUAUUUCUGUGCCUCAUGCAUAAAAGCAAAGGCCUUUUUUUUUUUUAUUCGGGCCAUUUCUUUUUCCCUUUCUUUGUUCCUUUCAGUACAAGGCAUCCAUGAUUUUCAUUGCCAGAGCAUUAAAAUGAAAUGAUCCCGAAGUAUCGUAUCAUUUAGACAUGCAUCCUCCUGAGCAUUAUUCAUAAUACCCCGCGGAGAGUGAGAUUCUUAAUACUUGGUGCUUUUUGGCUCUGACUAGAGUUUACAGUGUUCCUCUUCCUGCCUCCACAAACUGGAGAUCUGGUCUCGUGUUAUCUGACCUCCUUCUGAAUGUAUUUUACACUGGUUGUGCAAAUAUGGUUUGUUGCGUGCGGUAACGACUGUACUUCAACAGCUGAUUGUAUGUAGGCAUGCUUGAUCCAUUUUGACAGAACGUGCUCCAAGUGGCCUUGCGAAGAUUCUGUUUUACCAGUUGCCAAACAUUUUUAGAGUAGUUUCUUUCAGCCGGUGUUUCUCAUAUUUGGCAAGAAAAGAAAAGGGACAGGUGGUGAAUAUUAGGUCGACGUACAACCAAAUCGUGAAAUAUUUUCAAUUUUUUCCGAUAACAUGACCAACUAAUGCAGAAGUUAUUUGGUCAUAUUUGCAUUAUACAACUUAGAGAACUCUGUUGGGUUAUGUCCUGGGAAAAUCUAAAAGUAUGAUCAUUCAUUGUUUACAGUACCAUGCUAUUUGUGUUACUACUGUGUGUACAUGGAGAGCUGGACAAAAAUGCAAAUAAAUUGUGCAACAAUGUGAACAUAAAA